CUAUCCUUCUGAUUCACUAUCCACUCGGAGCUUCGAGCAAUCGGCGUCGAGCGGGCAGACUGGCCAAUCGCGGGCCGCGACGCAUGUAUAGCACUGAUAACCAAGCUUCUAUGCUCCUCCUCUCCUCUCCUCUUCUCUCUCCAUCUCUCCAUCUCUCCACAUUCCCCUGCCUCCCUCCCUCGCUCAUCCCCAACCCCCUCCAGACCUUCAAGAUCUAACAAUGGACCUAGACGCAUUGGUCCUGCACAUCCAGCAGAACCCCACCGUGGUGGUCUUCCUCGUCCUGGCCCUGUGGCUAUUCGGACGAUGGAAUCGACCAUCCCCAUCCCACCCCACAGCAGAAAAGACUCCCUCAGAUACCACCCCGGCAGCAAACACAAUCACAAUCACCCCCCUCCCAUCCUUCGACUGGGAGACCACCGAACCGACGCAAUUCCGGCCCUUCAAGCCGAAAUAUCAUCUUAGCAUGGGCCUAACAACAACCACCUUCUCCGAUCUCAUCCCCAUCGACAAAACCUACCAAGACCGCCUCGCCCUGCGCGCAUCCCUCCUCUCCCAACACCCCUCUGUCGUCGUCGGGGUCACCCCCGCCGCCGAGACCCCAGGGAACAUAGUCCACGCCGCCGUGGCAGAGCUAUAUGAGUUCGUGGUAGGCGAGUAUCUCCCCACGCGGUAUCCGAGCAUCUUUGUCCUAGAAGAUCACCCCCAUCAUCAGAACCCAGAAGCAAAAGAACAGGAAGGAAAAAGAACCCUCUACAACAAAAUCACCACCCAACGAAUCCCAACCACUCUCCCGGGAAACUCAUCCCGCUCUGCCCUUGAGACGCUAGGCACGUUCGUGGAUGAGGAUUUCCUGGUCUUGAUGCCUGAGUCUCUUGCCCAUCCCAAUCCCACCUCCCCUUCCCCUUCCCCUUCCACAAGCAAAGAACAAGAACCCGAGGGCGGCGAAGGCGAAAAAUACAUCCUAUCAGCCUACAGCACCUUCUUCCCCGCGGGCUUCGACACCCGCGAGAAGCUGGGCCAGCGGCUCUCGACCAUCCACGCGCCGGUGCCCCGGUACAAGGAGAAGCUGGAGAAGAGCAUGGAUCGGUUCUUUGCGCGAUUGGAGGUCGGGAGGGUCGUACAGAGGGUAAAUUGGAGUGUCACGACUCAGGCGGGACUGUUUGCCGCGUUUGGGGGCGUGCAUGGGGAUGAGGGGAAGGAGGAGGAGGUGGUGGAGAUGGGGAAGGAGGAGUUGGUUGUUGAGCAGACGUUCCUGCGGUGUGAGCGACAGCUGCUGCAUCGGUUGCCUCGCACCAAGGCUCUGGUGUUCAACUUCCAUACGUAUACGUAUCCGAUCCAGAAGAUCAAGGAGGAAGGGCUGGGGGAGGAAUUGGCUACGGCCAUUGAUGGGUUGAAGGAGGGCAAUGUACCCGAGAUUCAUCGGUACAAGAGAGGGCCGGUUUGGGGGGAGGCAGUUAAGGCGUUUUUGCGGUCGUAGAGUCAAUCACCCUAUCAUACUCCGUACAUACCAUACAUAAGUACCAUAUAGUAUAUAGUAUACCGUAUAUAGACCGACCAUUAUCACUACCUAUUAAC